UCUCCUCUGUCUCUCCUCUACUGGUAGCGUUCUCUGUGUUCCGCUCCACUCAACCAUUGCUAGGGUUUCAACGUUCAACUUGUUUUGCUUUCUCUUCACAGCAACAUGGUUCUCACUACUGAGGGUGCGACGAAUUGUGUUGAGGCUGUGGCCUUCAGUUUCUUAACCGGUGAGGAGUUACGGAGGAGUAGCCGGGUGAAGAUAACAAGUCCCACUUUGCUUGAUACUGUUGAGAGGCCUAUACCUGGUGGAUUAUAUGACCCUGCUUUGGGCCCACUCGAUGAUAAGUCUCUUUGUAAAUCUUGUGGUCAAACUUCUAAACAUUGCCCGGGUCAUUUUGGUCAUAUUGAGCUCGUUUCCCCACUCUACAACCCUUUGAUGUUCAAUAUUCUUAGCAAUAUUCUACAAAGAACUUGUUUCUCUUGCCAUCAUUUCCAGGCUAGCAGACAUGAGGUGGACAAACGUACGUCUCAAUUGGAGCUCAUUAUGAAAGGGGAUAUUGUCGGAGCCAAGAAUUUGGAUUCAAUUAGUCUAGAUGAAUCCAUUCAUCUGAAUGUUGGUGAUGAGAGCCCGUGUUGUAGUGCUGAGCAACUGGGAGAAAAUUGGACCUCCCUUCAAUUUAGUGAGGCAAUGUCUGUUCUAAGGAAGUUUCUGGCGCGGAAAUAUAGGAAGUGUCAAAAUUGUCAAGUCAUCAAUCCUAGAAUCAGUAAACCAACCUUUGGAUGGUUUCGUAUGAAUGUUCUCUCAUCUGAUCAAGCCAGAGCAAACAAAAUUACAACUGAUGGUGCUUUGUUGGCGAGUGAAACAAUCAAUGAUGAUAUAUCUUUAGGAAGUGGAGAUACUACAGAUGAAGAUGAUAUUACCUCUGCAGUGACUGAUAGUAGUGUUGCGAAAAGGAAUAAUAGAAAAAUGGGGAAGUUGUCUUGCAAGCUUGCUGAGCAAAAUAAACUUUCUGGGUCUUUGUUACCAUCACAGGUUAAAGGUAUUUUAGAGCUUUUGUGGGAAAAUGAGGCUCGACUCUGUUCUUAUAUUAGUGAUAUUCAAGAUAAGGGAUUUGGAAAGAAAGCCGGUCACUCGAUGUUCUUUCUAGAGAAUAUUUUUGUUCCACCAAUCAAAUUCCGUCCCCCAACUAAAGGAGGCGAUAAUGUGAUGGAACAUCCUCAAACUGUUUUGUUGACUAAGGUUUUACAGUCCAACAUGUUCUUAGGAGAUGCCCAUUUAAACAAGUUAGAUCCCUCAAAGGUUCUAAGCCGGUGGAUGGAUCUUCAGCAAUCUGUAAACGUGCUGUUUGACAAUAAAACUGCUUCUGGCCAAAGAGAUGUGGCUACUGGAAUUUGUCAGUUGCUGGAGAAGAAGGAAGGCAUCUUCCGCCAGAAAAUGAUGGGAAAGCGGGUUAAUUUUGCAUGCCGCUCUGUCAUAUCGCCAGAUCCUUAUUUAGCAGUCAAUGAAAUUGGGAUUCCCCCAUAUUUUGCUUUAAGAUUAACGUAUCCUGAGAGAGUCACUCCUUGGAAUGUUGUCAAGUUAAGGGAUAGCAUCCUUAAUGGUCCUGAAUCCCAUCCAGGUGCCACGCACUAUGCUGAUGAAGUAUCAAUAGUCAAGCUUCCCCCAAAAGGGAAGUUGCUCUCUUUAACAUCAAGGAAAUUAUCAUCCUCUAGAGGGGUUAUUAUGCAUCAUGGGAAGAUGUAUGACCGUGAAUUUGAAGGUAAAGUUGUGUAUCGCCACUUGAAGGAUGGUGACGUUGUGCUUGUCAAUCGACAGCCCACUCUUCAUAAACCUAGUAUAAUGGCACAUAUUGUUCGUGUUCUAAAGGGGGAGAAAACAGUACGCAUGCACUAUGCAAACUGUAGUACUUACAAUGCUGAUUUUGAUGGUGAUGAGAUUAACGUUCAUUUUCCACAAGAUGAAAUUUCUCGUGCUGAAGCGUACAAUAUUGUAAAUGCCAACAAUCAAUAUGUGAAGCCUACUAGUGGUGAUCCAAUCAGAGCUUUGAUUCAGGAUCAUAUUGUAAGUGCUGCUCUUCUUACUAAAAAGGAUACUUUUUUAAGUUGUGAAGAGUUCAAUCAGCUUCUCUACAGUUCUGGUGUAUCCAUGGCUGGGCUGGGCUCUUUCUGUGGCAAACCUGGGCAGAAAGUUUUCGUGGCCAAUUCUGAGAGUGAAAUGUUUCUGUUUCCUCCAGCAGUAUGGAAGCCAGAGCCCCUAUGGACUGGAAAACAGGUUAUCAGUGCAUUGCUAUAUUAUAUCACCAGAGGUAGCGCACCAUUUUCUGUUGAGAAGAAUGCGAAAAUCCCAUCUAAUUUUUUCAAGACUCGAAACAGGGAGGGAAAAAGAUGCACUGAAGAUACAUCAAAAAAGAAGGAUGAACCUGAUGAGGAUAAAUUGUUGAUAUAUAGAAAUGAUUUGGUGCGUGGUGUAGUUGAUAAGGCCCAAUUUGGUGACUACGGUAUGGUACAUACAGUGCAAGAACUUUAUGGCUCAAAUGUUGCUGGCAAUCUGCUUUCGGCAUUAAGUCGGUUAUUCACUACCUUUUUACAGAUGCAUGGGUUCACAUGUGGGGUAGAUGAUCUUCUCUUAACAAAAGAAAAGGAUGGUGAGAGAAUGAAUCAACUUGAAAGCUGCGAGGAAAUUGGUGACAUUGUUCAUCGUGAAUUCAUUGGAGUCAUGGACGGUGAUAAUAUAGACGCACUCACAUUGCAGUUGAAUAUUGAGAAAAGAAUACGUAGUAAUGGAGAAGCAGCGUUAACAUACUUAGAUAGGAAGAUGACAAGCAAUCUUAACUCCAGAACAAGCUCAGGGAUAUUAAAGGAGCUAUUAUCUGAAGGCAUAUUGAAACCCUCUGGAAAAAAUUGGAUUUCUCUUAUGACUACAUCUGGAGCUAAGGGUAGUAUGGUUAAUUUCCAGCAGAUAUCUUCUCAUCUAGGCCAGCAAGAAUUGGAAGGUAAACGAGUCCCACGCAUGGUUUCUGGAAAGACCUUACCAUGCUUUUCUCCCUGGGAUUGUUCCCCUAGAGCAGGAGGAUUCAUUAUUGAUCGGUUUCUAACAGCACUUCGUCCGCAGGAAUAUUACUUUCAUUGCAUGGCUGGUCGUGAAGGGUUAGUUGAUACUGCAGUUAAAACAUCUCGGAGUGGUUACCUGCAAAGAUGCCUAAUGAAAAACCUUGAGUGUCUUAAAGUCUGUUAUGAUCAUACUGUCCGUGAUGCUGAUGGUUCAAUUAUUCAGUUUCACUAUGGAGAAGAUGGCGUAGAUGUCCAUCAAACUAGCUUUAUCACCAAAUUUGAAGCAUUGUCAACUAAUAAAGAAUUGGUUUACAGCAACUGUUGCCGUCAGUUAGACCGGUCCAGUCCUUAUAUUAACAAGUUGCCUGAUGCUCUUAAAGGAAAAGCAGAAAACUUCAUUCAUAAUUUCUCUUUAAAACAGAGAAAUCAUGGUUCAAUGAAACGAGCAGAUUUCUUGAAGUUGAUGGAGCACAAGUAUGUCUCAAGUCUUGCUCAGCCUGGUGAGCCUGUUGGUGUGUUAGCUUCUCAAUCUGUUGGUGAACCGGCAACGCAGAUGACUUUGAAUACUUUUCACCUUGCUGGUCGAGGUGAAAUGAAUGUGACACUUGGAAUUCCACGUUUGCAAGAGAUCCUCAUGGCUGCCUCACGUGAUAUCAAGACUCCAUUUAUGACAUGCCCCUUGAGACCGAAUAAGUCUAUGAAAGAUGCCAUAAGUCUUGCAGAUAAGUUGAAGAAGAUUACUGUAGCUGAUAUAAUUGAGAGUAUGAAAGUUUCUGUGGUACCAGUAGCUGUUCGUGAUGGUCAGAUAUGCAGUAUAUAUAAACUUGUGAUGAAGCUAUAUAAACCUGAAAACUAUCCUAAAUACACGGAUAUUACGCUUGAAGACUGGGAGGAAACUCUAAGAGUUGUCUUUGUAAGGGAGUUGGAGGAUGCCAUUGAAAAUCACAUGAUACUGCUCUCUAAAAUUAGUGGCAUUAAAAAUUAUAAGACAGAUCCACCAUCAAGUUCUUCAAAUGGAUCAGAAGAUGUUCACAGCAGUGGAUCAGAAUCUGAGAGAAAAGGUCACACUAAUGAUGAUGACGAUGCUGAUGAUGGUGGUGGUGUUGAAGACACGGAAGGGGCUGAGGAUCUUGGUUCAGAUGCUCAAAAGAGAAAACAGCAAGGUACUGAUGAGGUUGAUUACGAGGAUGGUCCUGAAGAGGAAACACAUGAUGGGGAGCUAUCUGAGGAAUUUGAAGGUGGUGAGGAUGGCGGUGAUAUUGAAAUUGAAGUUAACGAGGAUGAUAAGAAUGUGACAGUUGAUGCCAAUAAUUCUGAAGAACUUGAAGAACACGCCAUGCACGAGUCUAUUGAGGAAAAGGAUACAUUGAAAUCUGGCAAGAAAAAAUCAGAACCAAUAACAAAAAAAUAUGACAGGGCAGUUUUUGUGAAAGCAAAAGGGAUGCAUUUUGAGAUCCGCUUUAAAUUUACCGGUGAACCUCACAUUUUGUUGGCUCAGAUUGCUCAGAGAACAGCCAACAAGGUUUGCAUCCAGAACUUUGGAAAGGUUGGGGAGUGUAAAGCUAUUACAUGUAAAGAAAGUGGAGUAAUCUACUACGGUGAAGAUGGCAGGAAAAGAGAUGAUAUUCCAUCCUCAGUGAAAGAAACAAUACCAGCACUUCAGACAUCUGGUGUACACUUUGAAACAUUUUGGGAUUUGAAAGGUGAUCUUGAUGUUAGGUAUGUUUAUUCAAACAACGUCCAUGCUAUGCUAAAGGCUUAUGGGGUGGAAGCCGCCAGAGAGACCAUCAUUAGAGAAAUACAAAACGUUUUCAAGUCUUAUGGCAUAUCGGUAAAUAUCCGGCACCUGACGCUUAUUGCUGACUAUAUGACGCACUCCGGUGGCUAUCGUCCAAUGAACAGAAUGGGGAGCAUAGCAGAUUCUACAUCUCCUUUCAUCAAGAUGUGCUUUGAGACAGCCUCCAAGUUCAUUGUGGAAGCAGCUUAUCAUGGUCAGGUGGACAACUUGGAGACUCCUUCUUCUAGAGUUUGUCUUGGUUUGCCAGUGAAGAUGGGAACUGGGUGCCAUGACUUGAUACAGAAGCUGGAAAUAUGAUGUAGCUGGCAUGAGCCUCACCAUUGGCCGAAUGGAUUAUUUAAUGUGACAUGAGAUUACAUGAGACGAUCUCAUUUGUACAUUGGCAAAUCAAUAGUUAUCGUUGGUUUCUAUCUUAGUGUGCUCUUUAUAGAUGUUGAUUUAUCCAUGAACCGUUGAGAUCGUUUCAUAUAAUUUUAUGUUCACGAGAGGAUCCAUUCCCGUUCGGUGAAAUUUUGACGCCAUGUUGUACAACUAUUGUUUGCAAAAUUUUCAAAUCCAUUUUUGUUCUGGCUGAAAAGUAACUUGUUUAGAGGGCAGUAGUAUUAAUAGUUUGAAAUGCACAGUAUCUAUAAUAGAGGUGAUGUAAUGAGUUGUUUUGCCGUUAAUGUAUAACAUUUU